ACAUCUUCCGUUUACUCACUAUAUAAAUCCCUCAACUCAAGCCUUAUCAACUCACUCAACUCAAGCCUUCAUUGUUACUUUAUUGCUGUAAUUUUCCGUCUCAUAUCCAUGGCCCUCAUCCUCCCUCAGGUUGCUGCAACUACUUUUCUUGUGAGUGAUAGCUCCCUGAAGCUCAGACAAUCUUUGUUCAUCAAGACUAGAAAUGUAAACUCAUUCCACAAGGCGGUACCUUCCGUGUUCGCUAAUUUUGAGCCAUUAAACCAGCAGGAAUUCGAUUGUCGAAGAAACGUUAGUCCCUCGUGUCUUGAAAAUGCCGGCCCAGCUCCCAAAAAUUUAUACACGGUCAAUUCACCUCUUACAGCCACCAUUCGCAAUAAGAUUCCGAUUUCAGGCGACAGCCCUCGUAAAAGGCAAGCUUACCAUAUCGUAUUGGAUCAUAAAGGCAAGCUUCCUCUCCGGGAGGGACAAAAUGUUGGUGUAAUGCUCCCGGCCAAAACUUCUGUUCUACCGGACAACGCCAAAGAGCCUCGUUACUUUCCUUGUGCUUCUUCUAGGUAUGGAGAUACAUUUGACGGUACAACAAUUAGCUUAUGUGUACGCCCUGUCCCUGAAACCAUCAGUGAAUUUUUGUGCAAUUCAAAGGAAGGAGAUGAAAUUCAACUUGUAGGUCCAACUGGCGAGAAGCUGAUUUUGGGAGAUGAUGAUGAUAAGGCAACUCACAUAUUUGUUGCUACUGGGGCUGGCGUUGCUCCAUUUAGAGCCCAUCUCCGUCGGUUUUUCAGAGAAUAUAUUCCAAAAUUUACUUUUAAUGGGUUUGCGUGGCUAUUCCAUGGGGUAUACAAUGUUGAAAGUUUAGAUGCAUACUACAGAGAAUUCCAGAAAUAUCAAGUAGACUACCCAAAAAAUUUCCAGUAUAACAUUGCAUUGAGUGAACGAAUUUCGUCAAAUUAUUGGCGAAAGACAUAUGUUCAGAAUAUUUUUGAAGAACAUGCGGAAUCUGUAUUUGAAAAGUUGGUUGAUGAGGGAGCAUACAUAUACUUUUCUGGGCGAAAAGAAAUGGUGACUCCAAUUCAAAAUGCCUUAAUGAAAGUUGCCGAGAAAAAAUGCAAAAAUUGGGAGAAAGAACUGGCAAAAUUGAAGAACAACAAUCAAUGGCGUGAUGAAGUCUACUGACAAUGUUGGAGUACAAGUGUUUAACAUGGAUAUGUCAUUUUCUAUAAUAUCUGUUCAUUUCCAGUUAUUGUGUACUUUUGAUUAUGUGUGUUAUCUCUAGCUUCUUUUCUUGAACUUAUAAAGUGGAAUAAAAUUUAAUCAUUAGAGCA